CGCUGUGUCCCGCCCGGCGAGUUGGCAGUUGGCGACCCCCCCUCGACUCCCCCGCCGCCGCGGGCUCCGCGUGGCCUUCGGAGGCUCGGCGAGUCGCUCCAAAUGUUUGCCAUAUUUGUUCAGCCUCCGUAACUCGCCGAGCAGGGCCAGCGCGGCCCGCCCCGCGCCGCCCUCGCUGUCGCCCCCGCAGCCGCCAUGGGCAGGGAGCGGCCGGGCCGCGGCGCGCAGAGCCAAGGGGGACCGCCGGCCGCCGACGCCGCGGGGCCCGAGGACAUGGGGCCGAAGAGGGGCGCGGGGGCCCCCAAGGAGUGCGGGGAGGAGGAGGCCCGGACGUGCUGCGGCUGCCGGUUCCCCCUGCUGCUCGCGCUGCUGCAGCUGGCGCUGGGCGUCGCCGUGACCGUGGUGGGCUUUCUCAUGGCCGGCAUCAGCUCCUCCCUGCUAGUCAGAGACACUCCAUUUUGGGCUGGGAUCAUUGUCUGCUUAGUGGCCUAUCUUGGUUUGUUUAUGCUUUGUGUCUCCUAUCAAGUUGACGAACGGACAUGUAUCCAGUUUGCCAUGAAACUCUUGUACUUUCUGCUGAGCGCCCUUGGCCUGACGGUCUGUGUGCUGGCCGUGGCGUUCGCCGCUCACCACUAUGCACAACUCACACAGUUUACCUGUGGAACCACGCUCGACUCCUGCCAGUGCAAACUGCCCUCCUCCGAGCCCCUCAGCAGGACCUUUGUGUACCGCGAUGUGACUGACUGUACCAGCAUCACUGGCACUUUCAAACUGUUCUUACUCAUCCAGAUGAUUCUGAACUUGGUCUGCGGCCUUGUGUGCUUGUCGGCCUGCUUUGUGAUGUGGAAACACAGAUACCAGGUCUUUUACGUGGGUGUCAGGAUGUGUCCCCUGACAGCUUCCGAAGGUCAGCAGCAAAAGGUCUAACAUUCUUGCUCAAAGGUGGGAGAGAAAACAGCACCCUGACUAGCUGAGAUU